AUGAAUUUUUAUGAUGCUAAAGAAUAUUGUUAUCAAAAGUUUAAUGCAAAUUUAUUAAGUAUAGAAACAAAACAUCAAAAUGAUUUUAUACGUGAUUAUUAUGCAUUUUUUGGUUCAAAAUGGUUAUCUGCAUCAAUGUCAAAAGAAAAUAAUAGUAAUUCUAUUUUAAAAUGGAAUGAAAUUUAUCCUAUAACUUUUACAAAUUUUGAUCCAUUUAACUCAUUAUCUAAUGCUUCACCAUCAUUAGGAUGUUUAAAAAUUUUAGAAAAUGGUUUAUGGGUUAAUUCAAAUUGCAUGGUACCAUCACAAUUUGUAUGUCAAAAAAAUUUAAUUCAACCAAUUAAAUCAUCAGUUGAUUGCCCUAAAUCAUGGAUUCCAUUUAAUUUAAAUAAUGCUUGUUUCAAAAUUAUUAAAACAUCAUUAAUAAGUGAGGCUGAAACUCUAUGUCGAAAGGAGGCUAUGAUUCAUGGUGAAGAGGCUUCUUUAGCAUCAAUUAAUUCAAAAGAAGAAAACGAGUUUGUUUUAAAAUUAUCUUUAAAACAUUCACCACAUUUACAUAAAAUUUUACUAGGUGGAAUUGGUGGGGGAAAAAGAAAAUUGAAUUGGGUAUGGGUUGAUGGUAGUGAUUUUAGUAAAUAUCAAAAUUGGGAUAAAUAUAUGCCUAGACAACGACAAAAUAUGUCUAAUUUAGUAAUGUUAAAAAGUGGAAAAUGGGCUAACAUUAGAAGUGACAGAAAUAGUCAUCCACAUCAUACUAUUGCUGUUUGUAAAUUAAUAUUUCUCAUUUAA